ACUAGCGGCACCGCUACAACCGCUUUAAAGACUGACCGGAAGCGGUUAUAAACACGUCACUUCCGUCCGCCAUAUCAAAAAGGUGCACGGGAGGCGGACGGCGGGCCGGGUCAGGCGUGUUUCGGCUUGCGAGGACGCAAAAAAACGUGAACACAAUAAGCCAAAUUUUUUCGACGGUCGCUUGUUCUCCGAGUGGUAACACGGAACGAUGACAGAAUGGAUUGCGCAAGACACAGGACGCCGCCGAGGCUACUCGAAACGCUGCUCACUGCGGUGACAUUGAGCGAUUCGCACCCCCGCAGACGGCUAUUUCCGCCGGCUCAACUCCUCGUCGUCUGCUAUUCCACGCCGCCGCCGCUCUGCGCAACUCCAGUCGCCGUCUUCCAAAGCUGUCUUGUCACCGAGCAGGACCAAGGACAAGACCCAAAACGCCAUCGCUAACCCAUUGGGCUUUCUGGCUCCAAAAUGGAGGGCAGUAUGGUUGGCCGACUCGAGAGCUGGUUCUGGAAGGAGAGCUUCUGGCUGCCCGGCAAUGUGACCUGGGCCAUCAUGGCCGGCGACGCUGAAGCCGGCGGCCCCAAGAACGCCCAGUUCAGAGACCUCUACUUCAGCGUCUUCGUCGCUCUGGCGCUUCUGGUCAUUCGCUACACGCUCGAAAGGACAGUGUUCCGACGGCUCGGAGUGCUGCUAGGAAUCAAAGAGCGCGGCGCGGACGCACAUCGGUCCGAGGACGUGAAGAUCUUCACCAAGGCCCUCACCACUAACGGCCACAUGAACCACACGCAGACGACCCGUCUCGCCAAGGAACUCAACAUGACGGAACGCAACGUCCAGCUGUGGAUCCAUCGACGCGCCAUCCAGGAGAAAAAACUCGCCAAGUUUACCGAGACGGCCUGGAGGUUCGUCUUCUACGCGAGCGUCUUCGUCUACGGCAUCUACGUCCUGUGGGACAAGCCCUGGCUGUGGGACACGCUGCACUGCUGGUACGACUUCCCUCACCAUCCCAUCGCCAACGAGACAUGGUGGUACUACAUGGUAGAGCUGGGCUUCUACGUCUCCUGCACGCUGUCCCACUUCGUGAACACCAAGCGCAAGGACUUCUGGCAGAUGUUUAUUCACCACAUCGUCACCAUCUUCCUCCUCUGCCUGUCCUGGAUCAUGAACCUGCACCGCGUCGGCAGCCUGGUUCUGAUCGUCCACGACUUCGCGGACGUGCCGCUCGAGUUCGCCAGGAUGGCCAGGUACGCUACCUGGCUGCGGCUUGCGAACGCUCUCUUCGCCGUCUUCACCGUUUCCUGGAUCGUGUCUCGGGUGGGGCUGUACCCUUACCGCGUGGUCUACAGCGUGGUGGUCGACGCUCCGCGGAUAGUGGGCAUGGCGCCCAUCUACUAUAUCUUCGCUUCCCUGUUGAUGGCCCUGCAACUGAUGCACAUCAUCUGGACAUGGAUGAUCCUUCGUGCCGCCCUGCAGGCCAUCACGCACAAGGGCGUUGAGGAACUGGGCAGUGCCGACGAGUCUACGGACGAAGAGGACCAACCUGCCAUCGUGUCGAACGGCUCCCACAAAGCCGCAGACGGCAAGGGGCUCAGGCCCAAGAACCGCAAGGCUGACUGAGCAGGCAGCGUGGCGAGGCUCAAGUGUUUUGACGAGUGCAAUUUCUUAUUUGUUGUCGAGAAGCGUGGGGGUCUAACUAACGGGUUUCGUCGUCUCCGGUCAGGCGGGCAAGUAUGCAAGACCUGAACUGACGUAGUCUCACUCAAGAGUGGCGCCACAAAGAAGGAAGGGUCUCAACAAGGAAAUCUGGGUCUCAGACUUACCGUGUCGUCGCCGUGGACGUGGAUCGCAAGAUCAGCCAUGGACUGUGCAAGACAACCCUUCCGUUGACGUGCGUUGCAGUGAAAAAGUUAUAGCAAAAGAAAACAGGCCGAAAUAGUGCGGUAUUAAAAUGUGAGUUAAUAGAGGGAGUUGAUAGGCCCAAAUAGGCAUAGUCAGCGCCAUCUUCCCCGUCGGAAAUGGAUAUGCAACAAUAGGAACGCCACAGCUAUGCAGCAUUAUCGUGUGAAACGGACAGAUAGGUCAAACGCAGGUCCUCAGAAUGUAUGAUAAUAGGUAUGUUCUUUUUUUAAUUACAUAGCAAUUAGCGUCGUUUCAAGAGGCUACGUGUUUGUUGAUCUCAGAAUACAGAACUUUAUAUUAUA